AUGAGAGGUUUGGCUACCACGCUCCUCAUAGGAGCUGCAGCAGCUUUUUCUCCUGCUCAGCAAGUUCUCAAAGCCCCGGAGCAUGUUGAGAAAACCCACAAGACCUCCUCUCCCUCGCUAGCCGAGUCUAUCGCCCAGCCUCUCCAUGAGCUCAACGAAGAGCUCAAGUCGUUGACCCACGACGCCGAGGAGGUCUGGGAACAAGUUUCCAAUAUGUUCCCAGGUGCUCUAGAUAAUGUUCCUUUCUUUUCUUCACCCAAGAAGCACACUCGUCGCCCUGACUCACACUGGGACCACAUCGUUCGCGGUGCCGAUGUCCAGAACAUCUGGGUUGAGAACGCCAAUGGCGAGAAGGAACGUGAAGUCGGCGGUAGACUCGAAGCCUUUGACCUUCGUGUCAAGUCUGUUGACCCCAGCUCGCUCGGAAUUGACCCCGACGUCAAGCAGUACAGUGGUUACCUUGACGACAACGAGAACGAUAAGCAUUUGUUCUACUGGUUCUUUGAGUCCCGGAAUGACCCCAAGACUGACCCCGUCGUCCUCUGGUUGAACGGCGGUCCAGGAUGCUCUUCCUUGACCGGUCUUUUCUUUGAGCUCGGUCCCAGCUCUAUCGGCAAGAACAUCAAGCCCAUCUACAAUCCCUACUCCUGGAACUCCAACGCCUCCGUUAUCUUCCUUGACCAGCCCGUCAAUGUCGGUUUCUCCUACAGCGGCAGUUCUGUCAGCGAAACGAGCGCUGCUGCAAAGGAUGUCUAUGCUCUUCUUACUCUUUUCUUCAAGCAAUUCCCUGAAUACGCUACCCAGGACUUCCACAUUGCUGGUGAAUCCUACGCUGGCCAUUACAUUCCUUCAUUUGCUUCUGAGAUUCUCUCCCACAAGAAGCGCAACAUCAACUUGAAGUCUGUCUUGAUCGGAAACGGUCUCACUGAUGGCCUCACUCAGUACGAAUACUACCGCCCAAUGGCUUGCGGUGAUGGUGGCUACCCUGCCGUCCUUGACGAGAGCACUUGCCGAUCUAUGGACAAUGCUCUCGGUCGCUGCCAGUCCAUGAUUCAAUCUUGCUACGACAGCGAAAGUGCUUGGACUUGCGUUCCUGCCUCUAUCUACUGCAACAACGCCCUUUUGGCUCCUUACCAGCGCACGGGCCAGAACGUCUACGAUGUCCGCAAGCCUUGCGAGGACAGCAGCCUCUGCUACGCUGAUCUUGAGUUCGUCAGCACCUACCUCAACCAGGCCGAAGUCUUGAAAGCUGUUGGAGCGGAAGUUGACAGCUUCGACUCUUGCAACUUUGACAUCAACCGAAACUUCCUUUUCAAGGGUGAUUGGAUGAAGCCUUUCCACAAGCUCGUUCCCGGUAUCCUCGACGAAAUCCCUGUCCUCAUCUACGCUGGUGAUGCCGACUUCAUCUGCAACUGGCUCGGCAACAAGGCCUGGUCUGAUGCUCUUGAGUGGAGCGGUCACGAGAAAUAUGCCGCCACCGAGCUUGAAGACCUCGAGAUCGUCGAUAAUAAGCACAAGGGCAAGAAGAUUGGUCAGGUCAAGUCUUCCGGUAACCUCACCUUCAUGCGUCUGUUUGGCGGUGGCCACAUGGUCCCCUACGACCAGCCUGAGGCCAGUCUCGAGUUCUUCAACCGCUGGAUCGGCGGUGAGUGGACUCAGUAA